AUGAGGAGGAAGGGAAGGGAGCAGAAGAAGCGGAAGGGGAUGCACGUGCUACCACUCUCCCCUCCCUCCUCUCCCUCUACCGCUUCUUCUCCUCCCACCUCGGCAUCUCCUCCCCUUCCACUGUUGCUUCCCUCCUCACCAAUCGCCCUGCGCUCCUUCGCUCACUUCCUCCCUACUGUCCUCACUUACCUCCCUACUGUCCUCACUUACCUCCCUACUGUCCUCACUUACCUCCCUACUGUCCUCACUUACCUCCCUACUGUCCUCACUUACCUCCCUACUGUCCUCACUUACCUCCCUACUGUCCUCACUUACCUCCCUACUGUCCUCACUUACCUCCCUACUGUCCUCACUUACCUCCCUACUGUCCUCACUUACCUCCCUACUGUCCUCACUUACCUCCCUACUGUCCUCACUUACCUCCCUACUGUCCUCACUUACCUCCCUACUGUCCUCACUUACCUCCCUACUGUCCUCACUUACCUCCCUACUGUCCUCACUUACCUCCCUACUGUCCUCACUUACCUCCCUACUGUCCUCACUUACCUCCCUACUGUCCUCACUUACCUCCCUACUGUCCUCACUUACCUCCCUACUGUCCUCACUUACCUCCCUACUGUCCUCACUUACCUCCCUACUGUCCUCACUUACCUCCCUACUGUCCUCACUUACCUCCCUACUGUCCUCACUUACCUCCCUACUGUCCUCACUUACCUCCCUACUGUCCUCACUUACCUCCCUACUGUCCUCACUUACCUCCCUACUGUCCUCACUUACCUCCCUACUGUCCUCACUUACCUCCCUACUGUCCUCACUUACCUCCCUACUGUCCUCACUUACCUCCCUACUGUCCUCACUUACCUCCCUACUGUCCUCACUUACCUCCCUACUGUCCUCACUUACCUCCCUACUGUCCUCACUUACCUCCCUACUGUCCUCACUUACCUCCCUACUGUCCUCACUUACCUCCCUACUGUCCUCACUUACCUCCCUACUGUCCUCACUUACCUCCCUACUGUCCUCACUUACCUCCCUACUGUCCUCACUUACCUCCCUACUGUCCUCACUUACCUCCCUACUGUCCUCACUUACCUCCCUACUGUCCUCACUUACCUCCCUACUGUCCUCACUUACCUCCCUACUGUCCUCACUUACCUCCCUACUGUCCUCACUUACCUCCCUACUGUCCUCACUUACCUCCCUACUGUCCUCACUUACCUCCCUACUGUCCUCACUUACCUCCCUACUGUCCUCACUUACCUCCCUACUGUCCUCACUUACCUCCCUACUGUCCUCACUUACCUCCCUACUGUCCUCACUUACCUCCCUACUGUCCUCACUUACCUCCCUACUGUCCUCACUUACCUCCCUACUGUCCUCACUUACCUCCCUACUGUCCUCACUUACCUCCCUACUGUCCUCACUUACCUCCCUACUGUCCUCACUUACCUCCCUACUGUCCUCACUUACCUCCCUACUGUCCUCACUUACCUCCCUACUGUCCUCACUUACCUCCCUCCGUUCCUCCUCCAGGGGAUUGAACACAACCACUCUCCUUGCUCCCGCCCCUUCUUCCCCCUCUACACCACUCCCCACCACUCUCCGCUCCCAAGGACCAUCAUGCACCGACCGCCACCGCUCUGCUUCGAGAGGUGCGGGCUGUUGGGAAGUGGAGGAGUUGAGAGCGGUGGCGGUCAGUGCAGAAGGGUUGGGGGCCUUGAGCAGAAGGGCAGCGACUGCAGCACACAUGAAGUCCUGCGAUAG